UCUUCUUAUCCCCACAAUCGCUGUUGGGAUACAAGUCUUUGAAGCCAUUUCAAACAUGCAGCAAGUGUAAUGGAUUCAGGACUUGUCAAUUCUUGAUUCUCGAGGCAUUUUCUCCAUCUCUUUCUACUCUGGAAAAGCAUGGACACUUUAAGUUGAUCAUAUCAUAACAUUUCUUCUGCCGAAAUCGUUAACUUAUCACGGAUUUGGCUCUUCAUUUCCUGCUCCAGUCGAACCAUGUUCUUCUCACGCCUGGCUCUAGUUUCUCUAACAAUAUUAAUUUGUUCGGUGAAUCUUGGCCGCGCUGCGACUUUGGCCCCUGAUGAAGUGGAUGCAUUGAAGCAAAUAGGAAGAACAUUAGGGAAGAUCUGGAAUUUUAAUGUGGAUCCUUGCAGUGAAGGAGGGAAUUGGAGUACCCCUAAUGCACCUAAAGGGUUUGAGAAUGGAGUAAACUGUGAUUGCACUUUUGUUAAUAACACCAUUUGCCAUGUAGUCGGCAUUGUUCUGAAAUCUCAGUCUCUUCCAGGGACUGUACCCCGAGAACUGGUCAGACUCCCUUACCUCCAAAUAAUAGACCUCUCUCGCAACUACCUCAACGGCACCAUCCCUAGAGAAUGGGGUACCAUGCAACAACUUUCUAACAUUUCCCUCCUGGGAAAUCGUAUUACAGGUCCACUACCUGGCGAAAUUGCCAACAUCAGUACUCUCUUGGAAAUAGUCCUAGAGUACAAUCAUUUGUCUGGAAAUAUUCCUCCAGAGUUUGGGAAUUUUUCAAGCAUACAGAGAAUACUAUUGACGUCAAACAAUCUAACUGGGGAAUUGCCAGCUACUCUAGCAAAACUGACUACAUUGAAAGACUUCCGUAUUGGUGAUAACAAGUUUAUUGGAAGCAUACCUAAUUUCAUCCAGAACUGGACAAAUUUAGAGAAGUUAGCGAUUCAGGCUAGCGGUUUGAGUGGGCCGAUCCCUUCAGGCUUUGCUUCCCUGACCAAAUUGACUGAUGUGAGAAUCAGUGAUUUGAAUGGCAAUGAUUCAACUUUUCCACCUCUUGGUAACAAUAGAAACCUGAAGACACUGAUUCUGAGGAGUUGCAAUAUCGUUGGUCAGAUACCAAGUUAUGUCGGGACAUUGACUAAUUUGAAACUCUUAGACCUCAGUUUCAACAAACUAAGCGGACCAAUUCCUGAUAAUUCUUUUGGUCUGUCAAACACAGAUCACAUAUAUCUAACUGGGAACUCCCUAAUUGGUCCAUUGCCUGCUUGGAUGCUGAAAGAUGGAGAGUACAUUGAUCUAUCCUACAACAACCUUACAUCUGAAAGCACAUCCUCAAAUUGUCAACCGCUUAAACUGAACUUGUUCGAAAGCUCAAAGGGAAAUACAACUGAUGUUUAUGUUCAGGGAAAGCUGGUGAAGAAGGAUUUCAAUAUUGAAGAUGAAGCAGGUGGAGUUAAUAAGGCAAUUGUUAGAAACUUCACUGCUUCUGUCACUGAUAAUACCUUGGAGAUCCGGUUCUACUGGGCUGGAAAAGGGACUAUUGGCAUCCCAAAUAGAGGAGUAUAUGGUCCACUCAUUUCGGCUAUCUCUGUUAAUCCUGAUUUUCCAGUACCAUCAGAAAAUGGAAACAUGUCUACUGGCGCUAUAGUUGGGAUAGUUAUUGGCAUUCUGUUUACGAUUUUUCUAGUUCUGGGAAUUCUUUGGUGGAAGGGUUGCUUAGGAUCCAAAGAUACUACAGCACAAGAUCUAAAGGGUCUAGAUCUACACACUGGAUCAUUUACCCUAAGACAAAUUAAAGCUGCCACAAACAAUUUUGAUCCUGCUAACAAGAUUGGAGAAGGUGGUUUUGGUCCUGUGUACAAGGGUCUCCUGUCAGAUGAAACCAUCAUAGCUGUGAAGCAGCUUUCUUCUAAAUCGAAGCAAGGGAACCGUGAAUUUGUGAAUGAAAUAGGCAUGAUUUCUGCUCUACAACACCCUCAUCUUGUAAAGCUGCAUGGAUGCUGUAUCGAAGGCAACCAGUUGUUGCUUGUGUACGAAUACAUGGAGAAUAACAGCCUUGCUCGUGCUUUAUUUGGUCCAGAAGAACACCAGUUGAAAUUGGAUUGGCCUACAAGGCGCAAGAUCUGUAUUGGUAUAGCAAGAGGAUUGGCUUAUCUUCAUGAGGAAUCGAGAUUAAAAAUUGUCCAUCGGGACAUCAAGGCUACCAAUGUGCUUCUUGAUGAGAAUCUUCAUCCAAAAAUAUCUGAUUUCGGUCUUGCCAAGCUCGAUGAAGAAGAUAAUACCCAUAUAAGCACUCGUAUCGCUGGAACUUUUGGAUAUAUGGCACCUGAAUAUGCUAUGCGAGGCUAUUUGACCGAUAAAGCAGAUGUAUACAGUUUCGGAAUUGUUCUUCUAGAAAUUGUCAGUGGUAGAAGCAACACUAGUAUCAGGCCAAAAGAGGACUUUUUCUAUCUUCUUGAUUGGGCUAAUUCCUUGAAGGCUGACGGAAAAUUAACGGAACUGAUUGAUCCAAGGUUGGAAUCAAACUUCAGUAAAAAAGAGGUGAUCAUGACUAUCAAUGUAGCGCUCCAUUGUACCAAUGCUGUAGCUGCCGAAAGACCAAGUAUGUCAACAGUUGUAAGCAUACUCGAAGGAAGAGAGCGUGUUCAAGGAUUUGUACCAGACUCCAGUAUUUCAAUGGACGAAAUGAAGCCAAAGAGUCAAGACCAAGCAACAGAGUCAAAUGAUGAUCAAGACCAAAGUAUUUCAAUGGAUGUUCCUUGGACAGCUUCCUCAACCUCGACCGCUGACCUGUAUCCGAUCACUUUGGAUACUGAUUACUGGGAGAAGAGAAUGUAAAAAGUCGCAUUUCUAUGUGUUUUUGGUCCUGAAAUUUCGCUUUCCUUACAGACGACGUAAAUUUUUCUUUUUCCCAGAAAUUCCCGUCUUAUAUUUUAUCUUUGUUCUGGCAUCAAGGAUUUGUUUGAUCCUUACUUCUUUGUACAUUUUGGGUUUGUAUAUUUAAAUGCAUUUCUAUAUUUUCAAUUAAAAAGAA